CAAAAUCACAGCCUUUGAAAAUUGUAAAACCCCAAACCUUCAUCUGAUAUCAAAGAGUUUUGUGUCCACAAUCGGGAUUUGAAUCUGAGACCAACAGCUAGAGGUCGCGACAUGGUGGUUAACGACGUUGAUUUGUGGGUUCCAAGAGUUUCAGAAGGGGAAAAAGAUGAAAUCCCUGAUUAUGGUCACCCCGACUAUUUCACAGUCAAGGUGUAUCAUGGAGGGUGCAUAAGGGACAGUAAAUACGUCGGAGGGAAGGUGGAUUUCUACGACAACGUCGACAAAGAUAGAAUGUCGCUUGUUGAGGUAGAUAACAUGGUGAGGCAGCUCAAUCCAGCUUAUAGUAAUCAAAGGAUUGAUUACUGGUAUAAAGUUGGUGAUGAAGAUGAUGAGCUGAUAAAGCAAGAAACAGAUAGAGAUGUUAUGAUCAUGUGUUGUGUUGUACCACAGUGGAGGUUGAUCAUAUUGUACUUGGACCACAUGGAGUUGCACAGUGUGUUUAGAGAGGAAGAUGAUGACAUCUUCAUGUACGAGGACUUCUUGUUUAAUGAAGGUCGGAGUAGUAGUGUGAUUAUAGAAGAGUUACCUGAUGAUGAGCUUAGAAGGAAGCCAACUUGUGUUAUUGAAGAGGUAACUUUACUUAUAAUGCAACGUUGUGUAUCUCCAGAAAAAGAAGGCUGCCUUAAAGGCAUCAAAGUUGGAAGCAAACAAGUCUACUCCAAAGAGAUCAAGGCCCGUACAAGCUGCAUCUACCCAGCAAAGUUCAAGGCCUGUACAAGCUGGAUCUGCCCCAACAAGUACAAGGUCUGUACAAGGUUCCAAUCCAUCAACCAACAAGGCUGCAACACCAUCAAGGUCCUCUCAAAGGGUUAGACAAAACUCAGGUAAAGGAGCUGGAAAAUAGUUUACGGUAAUGGGAUUUGAUAUUAGCUAGCCAAGCAAAACAUUUUACGCAUCCUAUUUUUGGGCAACCUUGUGUUGUGUCACUUGGUUGCUAGCUCUAAUCUUUUGAUAAGAUGAUUAGAGCUAAAUUUAAUUCCAAACAUAUUAGUACUUGAACAAUUGCAGGAUGCAAUGCUCUAUAUCGUUUGUUUUUGGUAAGUUAGAGCUUUGUUCAA